AUGGCUUCCUCGUUAUUAGCGGCAACAGCCCCCUCUGCUGCUGUUGCGCCAGCCGCUGCGUACAGAAGGCCAGCAGCAGCCAGCGCUGCAGCAGCUUCGUUGGCUCUGGCUAGAUUGGCUCGCAGAAGCCUAAAUGUGAACUCCAGCUCGCCGCAUGCAUUCUAUACAGCAGCAGCAGAACAUAUGCCAGCCACCCGCAACAAGGCAAUCGUAAACAGCUGCAGCUGCGCAGCAGAUGAGCUGCAGAAGCAGCAGCAGCAGCUGCGAGGGCAGCAGCAACAGAGGCGGUUCGCCAAGAUACUGCGGUGGCACCCAGACACUCCACUGGCACAUGGACUCGAGACUUUUACAGAUGCGGAGGACUUCCUCAAGGCCUGCCAACAAAAUAAGGGCAACAUGACACGCCGAGACUGGCUUGCUGCUCUAUCUUUACUAUCUACGCGACGCCGCCUCGACCUGCGCAGCAGCUCUUUUAGGGCCUUUCUUGGUGCUGCACUGCAGCAGCAAGAGCUUCUGCAGCCUGCCCACAUACAUCUUACAAUUCAUCGACUGGCAGUCAUUGGCUACAGCCCAGCUCUCUGGCAGCUGGCGCUGCGGCUGCAGCCAUUUUUGCAGCAGCAGCAGCUCAGCAGCAAGCAGCUGGUUGUGUCAGCGUGGGGUCUUGCAAAGAACGGAGUGACGCAUCCCCCAGUUUGGGACCUCAUAGGGGCUGAGGCUUUGCGACUGGCGAAGGACUUCAGCCUUGCAGACCUCUCGAUGUGCCUUUGGGCUUUCGCCCGCACAGAGCGCUUGAAGCCUGUUGAAAUCUUGGCCCUCAAAGAAGAAGUUCUCAGCCGCCUCGACAGCUUCGUCCGACGGACACUCGCUGCGGCGGGGAAGCCGUCUCAAGCAAAACUUGCACAAUCAACAGCAGCAGCAGCAGCAUCAACAGAAGCUGCAAAGGCGACACCUUUAAGUUCAUGCACAGUGACGCCACAUGACCUGUGCAUGCUGAUAAGGUCCUUUGCAGACCUCACCCCACGCGACUCGCCACUUAUCAUUCGCCUGCUGUAUACGCUUCUUCUCGCUUGCCGGGUGCAGCCACCAACUCCCCUGGCAGCAGAAGCAGCAGUAGCAGGGGGAGCUGCAGCAACAGUAGCAGAGGUAGAAGCAGACGGGGAAGACGCCAACCUGGGAUCUCCUUUUGCUGCUGGCGGUUUGGGUCCGCUGACUGCACAGGGACUCACUGCUGUCUGGACUGCUCUGAAGGACACAAAAAUCGUGCAGGUUUUCUCUGUCCCACAGCACAAGAGGCCCAGCAGCGGCAGCAGCAGCCCCAGGCACCAUGCUUACUUGCCAUUCAGAGAAACUGUACCUCUUGAGUGUCUACCAUUGCUGCUACCCAUCCUCAAGCCAUCCAAGGUAUAUUCGCACGCAGCGCCAGUGGUAACUGCAGCAGUACCAGCAGGAGGAACAGCAACAGCAACGACGCAAACUGCAAACGUGGGAGGAGCUUCGGGUGCCGCAGUAGAAGAGGCAGAACAGCAUGCUAUUGCAGCGGCGCCAAUUCCCUUGCCGACGGAGGUGACUGCUUGCUCUACGCCACUUCCAGAUGCUGCGGCAGCCGUUGCUGCUGCUGCAGACAUGGGACUUAGGAACAGCGCGCUGCUGCACAAUGCUUGCACUGACGUCCUUCUGGAGGUUCUUUGUGAGGAAACUCGUCACUUGCGUCUUGAUCACACCACCAACACCAGUAUGGUAGCUGCGCUGGCUAUGGCCCUCGCAGACAUGCGGCUCGUCGAUCCCCGUGUAGUAUAUCAGCUAGUGCUCUUUGCACAACAACGGGGGGCCGCACAGUUUCAGGGCGAGCAGCUACUAAAGGUCCUUGAUGCAUUUGAGGAUUGUCAAAUCACAGACAGCAAGGCCUGGGCCAGACUCGUUCAUCGAGUUCAGGACGUUGCAGCGGACUUGGACUUGAAGGGACUACAGAAAUUACGACAACUGGCAAGACGUUCUGGGCACAGCAAUGAAAGGCUCGAGGGAGUCAUGGACCACUUUGAGGUCCUCAAGGAAGACAUAAGGCGCUCUGGGCCCCUCUAG